UGAUGUCCACUGUGUCCUCAGGCUCUGGACUACUGCCACAGCAUGGGCGUCAUGCACCGAGACGUCAAACCCCACAACGUCAUGAUCGACCACGAGCACAGGAAGCUUCGCCUGAUCGACUGGGGCCUGGCCGAGUUCUACCACCCGGGGCAGGAGUACAACGUGCGCGUGGCCUCGCGCUACUUCAAGGGGCCGGAGCUCUUGGUGGACUAUCAGAUGUACGACUACAGCCUGGACAUGUGGAGCCUGGGCUGCAUGUUGGCCAGCAUGAUCUUCAGGAAAGAGCCCUUCUUCCACGGGCACGACAACUACGAUCAGCUGGUGCGCAUCGCCAAGGUGCUGGGCACCGAGGACCUCUAUGACUACAUCGACAAGUACAACAUCGAGCUGGACCCGCGCUUCAACGACAUCCUGGGCAGGCACUCGCGGAAGCGGUGGGAGCGCUUCGUGCACAGCGAGAACCAGCACUUGGUGAGCACCGAAGCGCUGGAUUUCCUGGACAAGCUGCUCCGCUACGACCACCAGAGCCGGCUCACGGCGCGCGACGCCAUGGAGCACCCCUACUUCUACCCCAUCGCGAAGGACCCGGCACGGGGCAGCACCGGGCCCGGCCUCUCCGCCAGCACCACCCCGGUGAGCUCCUCCAGCAUGCUGGCAGGGAUGAGCUCCAUGGCCACCUCCCAGCCCAUGGGCACCCUCACGGCGCCGCCUCCCGCCGUGCCCUCGCCCAGCGCGCUGGCCUCGCCGGUGCCCGCCGCGGCCGGGGGCCAGCCUUGACCCGGACCCGCCACUGCCGCUGCCCCCCCCCCCCGGGCCCGGGAGCCCGGCUCCGGGGAUGGGCACCAUGGAAAAGGUCAAACCCCCCCAAUUCCCUUUGGAUUUGCCACGUGGGGCGCGGAUCUCAGCGGCUCGGUUGGGGGGGGCAGCGGCGCUGGGGCCGUGCGGCCGGGGGGGGGCUCCGGGGGGGCUCCGGGGGGGGGCGAGAGCUACGAGAUGAAGAAUAAAGAUUUAUUUUCUAUGGCCCUAAA